UUUGUGUGUUUUUAUGUGGCUUAAUUUGUGUGAAAAUACAUCAAAAAAAUGCUCGAAUAACUUUCAAAAGAUUCUUCCUAGGUUUGCCCCCUAAAAAUGUAUUUUCCUAUGAAUGAAGAUGCACAAAAAUGUAUCUUUUCACACGAAUUAAGACAAAAUUCACAAAAACACACAAAAUCUGCUUAAAUAUUUUUUUUACAUAUUUGCACGAGUUGAGUGAGAUUGUGUUGCAACGUGUUAUAACGUGCUUGAAUUGGGCCAGAACGCACUAGUACUGAGUAUCGCACCUCAAAUGUAUUAACGUUACUGUUUUGAGUUUUGGCACCUCUUACAGAGUUUUGCUUUAAAAUAUUAUGGCGUUCUGCCAGUGACACAUAAUUAUUAACAGUAGGGGCACCCAAAAUUAGUACGGUCACCUAUUUCAGUCCACUUCAAGCACUGGUGCUAUAGAUAUAUACAGCAGGUUGAUGUUGGGUUUCAGUGAGAACGUUCAAGUUAAGAAAGUUACUCAAGUCUUUGUCAAUCCAAAGAGGAAGUGUCAACUGAAAUAUAAUUAUUUACAGUUGACAUCAAAGUAUGAUUUAAUUUGUAGGGUGACUGUACGGGGAAUAAUGUUUAUAAUAAGGGAAACAAUCAAUCUAACCUAUUUAUAGCACUUUUUACAGACGUUUGUCUCAAUGUUCUUAACCAACCCGGGCCUUAUCUCCAUAACCAAAAGAGCACAACAAUGUGAACGCGGCCUUCAGAGAAGCAGAUUAUUAUUACUGACCAUGGCAUUAGGACAUGCCAAGAUUACCACUAAAUGUUUGCUCAAUCUCCUGAAAAAGCAGUGUACUACGUAAACCUAGUGUUUGUUUUGUCACAUACUCUCCACAGCGCGCUGGCCCCGCAAAAGUGCUUCUGGCCUUUCGCCCUUCAAACAUGGACAGUUUUAUCUGGAAAGGAGUUUGACACAUGGACACGACACUAUCUGUACUUUCGCAAUGUCCGAUUUCUGAGAGUUCAUGUUGUCUGACCAGAAGAAACUGAGAUUUAGGGAUAUAUUCUCUCUGUAUCGCUGAAUCAUUACAGAUUGCUGGAUAAACAAUUGCGGGAUAAACAAUAAACAACAAUAAUAAUAAACAAAACAAUAAUGGUAAUUUCCGAUUGAGCCGACAUGCAGCGUUUAUCGUGAAUACAGUCUCCGCUAAAGCGGGAGCAUUACCUUGACAUUUCAAUCACGCUGUAAAACUGAACUUCCCAGAUACGGAUUGAAAAGAGCCCGUUGGGUGGGUGGGUGUGUGUAUAUGUGAGUUCAUAUACAGCGUGUGUGUGUGUGUGUGAGGGGGUGGUCUUAGGCUAUUAGGACAAAUUCAUGUAGGUCCCUUCCCGUUUCGUCGUUUGCAACGUUUCUGCAAAAGAUUCGGCGUGAUGAAUAUGCCCCUGGUGAUGUCUUCGCUUCUGUUAUUUUAUUAAAACACAUAAGGUGGUCUGAUCUAUUUGAGUUAUGUAAAUCAACAGCUGCUCAUAAAGGCAGUCCAGACCCAGGCCAGCGGAGAGGUGGUCUGGAGAGCUUGUACGGGAACAGGGCCGACUUGUAUAACAUUUUUUUUUCUGCGUUUCAAAUGAGUGUUGAUUGAUGUCUGAAAGGGAGCAGCUUUAUAACCUCGUCUACUGAUACGGUGUGAUUGGAUUUACCGACACAGAGAGAUGACUCGUAUUAAAGACGCGUAAAGAUGCCAUCGUGGAUCAGGCUGAGGGUUCUCCUGUCUGCGCUGACAGUCCACUGCUUUCUGGACGGGACCUGUCCACGGAGAGACCCCCCUCCCAGGGUGCUCGUGUUGUCCCCAGGCAGCGUUUUGGUCUUGGCCUGUAGUGGUCAGGUGGAGGUGAACGGGCUGGAGGUGAUGGUUAACAGGGCCGAACACACCAGUGUCAUUACCGGAGUACCACCCACCACUGUCAGCACCACAACAGACACCACAUCUAACGGAACCACUGUCAGCACCACAACAGACACCACAUCUAACGGAACCACUGUCAGCACCACAACAGACACCACAUCUAACGGAACUACAGUCAGUGUUAUAAAAGACGGCAGUGAUAAUGGAACUACAGUCAGUGUUAUAAAAGACAGCAGUGAUAAUGGAACUACAGUCAGUGUUAUAAAAGACAGCAGUGAUAAUGGAACUACAGUCAGUGUUAUAAAAGACAGCAGUGAUAAUGGAACUACAGUCAGUGUUAUAAAAGACGGCAGUGAUAAUGGAACUACAGUCAGUGUUAUAAAAGACAGCAGUGAUAAUGGAACUACAGUCAGUGUUAUAAAAGACGGCAGUGAUAAUGGAAUAGACACAUUUUCUACUGGAAAGGACACUAUUGUCCUUACCGUAACAGACACUCCUGUCAUAAGCUGGACAGAUGAUACCGGGACAGACAGUACGGAGAAAACCGUCAUCAGGAACAUUCGUGCAGGAGACCACACCCCUCUUACUGUGAGAGAAGUUAACAAAGGGAAUGGAAAGAAUGUGGAAGAUGUAACAGAGGAGGAGCACAAAGGAGGAGGAGGAGAGCAGAGGGAUACAGGGUGGAGUCUUUACACUGUCAAUCAACCAGGACAUACAGAUACACAGAAACUAUUUCCUCAUACUGGGACAUCGCUCCAACCAACCAGAGACAGCGGAGUGGGAGGGGCUGACACUGAGCUGCCCUCUGAUCGGUGGACUGAUGCGAUGGACAGUGAGGAUGACUAUGAGGAAGAGGAGGAGGGGGGGAGGAUGGUGAGGGGGCUGAGAGGGAGGUCUCAGUGGAGACUGAACGGGAGGCCGCUGAUAGGAGGAGUAGUGGUGUUAGGGAGGAGAGGCGCCACUCUGACCCUGCCCUCCCUGGAGGUGGGUGACUCUGGGAACUACAGCUGCCACCGCGGGGGCAAACUGGUCUCUUCUCUGAGGGUGAGCGUGGCAGUUCCUCCAGAGAGGCCUAAGCUGUCCUGCUAUAAGAGGUCACCCAGCAGUAAGAUCCGCUGUGAUUGGACAGCCAGUCAACCGGUGACUCCUGUCCCUCAGUGCUACCUCCUCCUACGGAAAGGUCUAUCAGGGUCAUUCUCUCGUGUCAACUGUUCCUACUCCGCCCUGCUGUCUCGGUGUUGGUGUGCUAUAGGUCAUCAAGAGAAGGAGAGUAGAGAGCCACACCUGGCCUACCUGUGUGUCACCAACACUGCUGGCAACACCACCAGCCCUCUCCUAGACUUCACACCUCUGGACAUUAUUAAGCCAGACCCCCCCAGCUCAGUAGUGGUGAGGGGUGUGGAGGGGCAGGAGAAGAGACUGAGGGUGAGCUGGGCUGUUCCUCACUCCUGGAAAGAGAGAGACCGCUACCACGAGCUGCUCUAUGAGCUCAGAUACCACACCAUGCCACACGGAACACAGAUUAAAGGGACCACCACAGCCCGGUUCUACACUAUAGCAGAUGCGUUGUCAGGAGUACAGUACCUGAUCCAACUCAGAGCUAAGGAAGAGUUUGAUGGCCACUGGAGUGAAUGGAGCACGGCUGUCUUCGCCAACACCUGGACAGCCCCUGUGCCAACUGCGUUCAGCGAUCUUUCUCCUGUUAUGCAGGACUACACAGACUACACAGAUUCUGGCUCUGGUAUGACAGAAGAGACAUCAGUCUCUGAGUCUCGGGGUGAUGUGGAGGUGUGGCCUCAUGUCCUGUGGGUGGUUGCUUCCUGUGUGCUGCUGUCAAUCACUCUGUUGUCCGCCUACCUCUACAGGCACAGGGAGAGGUUCAUGUCUAAACUGUGGAGGUUGAGUCCCGUCUCCUCCUCUCCUGCUUGCCCCUCCCCCCCAGUCACAGCCGUGCCUUCCCAGGAAGGACAUGCCCUCGUGAACUUUGACCACCCAGUCUACGGGGAACCUGUCCCACAGGAAGAAGAGAGGAAGGAGGAGGAGGAAGAGGAGGAAGAAGAGGAGAAGGGGGAAGUUAUUCGCUUUAACAACACAAGCUAUUUUCUGGUCCAGAGCAAAUUAUAUGCCUGCUCUUAAAACAAACCCCUUACCCUCUAUCCCAGGCCCUUACUGCUUGCCCCCUGUUCCCCUAGUCCAGGCUGGAGAAGCCCUGUUAUUUUACUCUUAUUUCACUGUUUGGAUGUGUGCAGUAUUUUGUUCUCAUUGGGGGAAAUGAGCCAGUAGAGUAAUGAUGUAAAUAUUAAUUUGUGUGUUUAUUUAAAAGAAUUUUGUUUUUGUAAAUCAUUUUGUCAGAAUGAAAUAAAUAGUUUUGAAUACAAA